ACAAGGUGCAGCUAAGUGAUCAAGUGAGCAAGACAACACACCAGAUUUCUAAGGGAAUCAAGAUCAGCAUCUGUGCAAGAUGGAGCACGGCCAGGCGACUAACCGCGUCGACGAGUACGGCAACCCGGUGGCCGGACAUGGCGUCGGCACCGGCAUGGGGGCGCACGGCGGCGUGGGCACCGGCGCGGCCGCUGGUGGGCAUUUCCAGCCCACGAGGGAGGAGCACAAGGCCGGAGGGAUCCUGCAGCGCUCCGGCAGCUCUAGUAGCUCCAGCUCGUCUGAGGAUGAUGGCAUGGGCGGGAGGAGGAAGAAGGGCAUCAAGGAGAAGAUCAAGGAGAAGCUCCCCGGUGGCCAUGGCGAUCAGCAACAGACCGCUGGCACCUAUGGGCAGCAGGGUCACACCGGAAUGACCGGCACCGGGGCGCAUGGUACAGCAGCCACUGGCGGCACCUACGGGCAGCAAGGACACACCGGAGUGACCGGCACGGGGACGCACGGCACCGACGGCACUGGCGAAAAGAAGGGCAUCAUGGACAAGAUCAAGGAGAAGCUGCCCGGACAGCACUGAGCGCGGCCCGCGGCAGCUACUUGAGAGUUGGGGUGCCGAGCUGGCCACCUUUGCAGAAUAAUAAGAUGGAGAUACAGUAGAACUUCCCGAAAUAAAGUGAGCUAGCUCACUCGUAAUAUCCGAGUUCUGAGUUUAGUGGACUUGAAUUUGGGUUGCUUGCUUGUAUUUGUAUGUACCCGGGACGUUUUGCACUCUGUACUUCGAUGUGUGAUUUUUUUUUGGUUGCAUUGUGUAUUUAUUAUAUGGGGAUGUUACAUCACGGUAUAAUGCAUUAUGUUUUGGUCUUUA